AUGGUAGCUUCAGCCGAGUCAGCUGCCCUGGAGGGCGCUCAGGCGCGUGGUGCCAGCAUCACCGACACCAUGCAGGCCCUGAAACGGGAGGGCCGAGUGGCAUUCAUCCCCUUCCUGGUGGCCUGCGACCCGGACCGGGACACCACGGUGGAGGCCAUCCGCCGGCUGGAUGCCCUGGGCGCCUCUGUCAUCGAGCUGGGGGUGCCCUAUUGCGACCCUGUGGCGGACGGACCCGUCAUCCAGGCCGCUGCCACGCGUGGCCUGGCCCACGGCACCACCCUGGACGACGUGCUGGGCCUGGUGGCCGAGGUGGCGCCCACCAUCAAGGCCCCCAUCCUGCUCUUCGUCUACUUCAACCCCAUCCUCACCCGGGGCCUGGAGAAGUUCUGCGCGCAGGCAAUUGCCGCGGGGGCCAAGGGCCUCCUGGUCCCCGACAUCCCCCUGGAGGAGGCGUCGGCCGUGGCCGACGUGGCGGCGGCGCACGGCCUGGAGCUUGUCCUGCUGACCACGCCCACGACCCCCCCCGAGCGCAUGCAGGCCAUCGCCCGUCGCUCCUCCGGCUUCGUCUACCUCGUGUCCAUCACCGGGGUCACGGGAGUCAAGGAGGCCAUGGAGGCGCGCGUGGAGGGCCUCAUCGCCGAGCUGCAGCGCCAGACCGACAAGCCCGUCGCGGUCGGCUUCGGCGUCUCCCGCCCCGACCAGGCGCGCCAGCUGGCGGGCUGGGGCGCGGAGGGCGUCAUCGUCGGCUCGGCCCUUGUGCGGGCGCUGGGCGAGGCCGCCAGCCCCGCAGAGGGCCUGGACGCCAUGGCCGAGCUGGCCGCCAGCCUGGUGCAGGCCAUCCAGAAGUGA